GACGGAGGGAACAAAGAGCGAACGAAACAAGGUGGGGAGGAAAGAGAGAGGCAUAGGAGAAGUAUGUAUAUAUCUGUAUGGCAUAGAAUUUAUUGCUGAGGACCGGGCUGGACCCCGUUGGGGAGUAACAAAGAGAAAGAGACAUACUCGUACGAGAGCGCAUAAUUUAUGCUCUCAUUAUGCGACAACCAAGAUUCAUUACGGCCAACAAGCAUUGUCGCGCCGAUUCGGAGAUCGAUCAUGGCUCGAUAAUGCACGCACCCACAAAAUUGAUGAAUAUAAAAUAUGGACAAGCUAUAACACCGGUAACAUACUCCAAGAAUACUGUAAAAGUACCACCUCGAAAAUUGUGGCAGAAGGAGAAUGUCAAACCGGAAUGUCAAGAUGAUGAUUGGCACAAGAAUAAAAAUUCGAAAAAAGAUGAGAAAUGGGAUGCAAUCCAAUCACCGCAAUUUGUCGAUUUUUCAAAUUUACCCGAUAUUGGAGAUUCAUUUUUUAAUAGAGUAACUGUAGUUGUAAGUACACCAAAUCCAAAUCUUGCAAACGAAAAACUUCCGAAUAUAGUUACAGAAGACGAUUCAUUGAUCACAUCUUUAAAAAAUUUCUCUUUGUCUGAAACACAAAAUGAAACAGUAUACGAAAACCCGUUAUACGUUAAUCAAAAGGAGAAAGAAAAAGAAGAAAACGUAGUGCAUGAUGUUAGCAUUAAUCAAGUAUAUGAAAACCCAUUAUAUGUCAAUCAACAAGAGAAAGAAAAAGAAGAAAAAGAAGAAUACGUAGUACAUAAUGUUAGCAUUAAACAGGAAUCUAACGUUAAAACUGAGAUUUGUAAUAAAGUACAAAAAUCACAGAAUGUUAAGAUACAUCCAUUUUCUUUUGAUUUACGAUCAAAAAAUAUGCAGAAACAAAAAGAAGAACAAAAACAAAAACACAUUAAAAAGAUAUCGGAAGAAGAGAAAAAAAUAAAAAUAUUUCAUGCAAAUCCCAUUCCAAAGUUUAUAAAAAAUCGAAUUAAAAUUGAACCAAUAAGUAACAAUAAAAACGAAAAAAAUCAAAAAGUUAAUGUUCCCAAUAAGCAAAUUAAAAAGAAUACCGAGCUUUGGAAAAAACCGCCGUUUACACCAUGUUUAUCAAAGAAGAAGUUAGAACCACCAAAAAUAGGACCUUUACACUCAGAAAUUCGAGCAAUAGAAAGAAAACGCUUUGAUGAGAUUAUAAAAGAAAAACAAAGACAAAAAGACUUACAGAAACAAAUGGAAAUUGCUGCUAAAAAGAAACAAGAGGAAGAAGAAAUCGCACAGCUACGAAAACAAAUUGUUCAUAAAGCUCAACCGAUUCGAAGAUAUAAAAUAGAAUUACCAAAAGUCGAAAAACGACCAUUAACUGAUCCUAUAAGUCCAAUAUUAUUGAAACGUCGUCGUCGUGUAUAAAUACUUAAAAUAUAAUUAAGAAGCAUUAUACUUUAGUAAUCGAAUCUUUUAAAUCAAUGUUUUUUUUUUUCACGCCCUGUUUCGCAGGUAGAUACAUUUAUAAAGUAACUUAAAUUAAUAAAUAUAUUAAAUUAAAUUUAAAUUUUUAGUUUAAUCAUAUUAAUAUGUAUGUUUUAAUAUAUUUACACAUAUAGAUACACAUCCAUAUACUUUUUGAUUCUCUAUAAAUUUUGUCAAUAAAGGCAAUUUCAUCGAAAUAUAUUUUUAAUCUCUGAAAGUAACGUUUUAUAAAACAAUAAUUUUUCAAAAUAUAUUUGUAUCUGUAGAUACUAAAUGAUCGUUAUUUCAAAUAGUUUACUAAAUAUUUUUAUCGAGAAUAUGUGAAUGGGAUUAUUGUGAAAAUUAGUCAUUUUUUAUAGUAUUCUCACAUAUUUAACAUAGUUUAUGUUGAAUAAAUAUUUGUUUUAACGAA